UACUUCCUGUGUCAACUGAGCUAAGAAGAUAUCGGAAGUAUCUUGUAAUAAGUGUACCUUGGAAUUAUUAUACUGCAUAAUUUUUCUAACGUAUCACAGCUUCAUGCUUACUUUCCUGCUUAACGCCAUCUUUUGCGCAUCAUACUUGUCACCGAUCAACAGCCAUGAGUUCACCAAGCAGGAAAUGUCUCAUUACAGAGAAAGAAUAAAGUCCAUGUUUUACCAUGCCUACAACAACUACUUGGAGAAUGCAUAUCCGUACGAUGAGCUCCGGCCAUUGACGUGCGAUGGACAUGAUACAUGGGGCAGUUUUUCACUUACUCUUAUUGAUGCCCUGGAUACCUUGUUGAUACUCGGGAACCACACAGAGUUUCAACGGGUAGCCGCUCUUCUUCAGGACAGUGUGAAUUUUGACAUUGAUGUAAACGCCUCAGUGUUUGAGACAAACAUACGAGUGGUCGGUGGUCUCCUCUCAGCUCACUUGUUGUCCAAGCAGGCUGGGAUUGCUGUUGAGGAGGGCUGGCCAUGCUCUGGUCCUCUGCUCCGCUUGGCUGAGGAUGCAGCACGCAAACUUCUCCCAGCAUUCCACACACCCACUGGUAUGCCCUAUGGCACAGUGAACCUGCUGAGGGGUGUCAGUCCCACUGAGACUCCCAUUACCUGCACAGCUGGCGUGGGAACUUUCAUCCUGGAGUUUUCCACCCUGAGCCAUCUAACUGGAGAUCCUGUGUUUGAAAACGUGGCCCGAAAAGCUCUUGCUGCUCUCUGGAAAACCAGAUCGGAUAUUGGCCUGGUUGGGAACCACAUUGAUGUCAUUACCUCAAAAUGGGUCGCUCAAGAUGCAGGUAUCGGGGCAGGGAUUGAUUCAUACUUUGAGUACUUGUUAAAGGGUGCAAUCUUGCUGCAAGAUGAGGAACUUCUGAACAUGUUUCAUGAGUUUGACAAGUCCAUAAAGAACUACACUAAGUUUGAUGACUGGUACUUAUGGGUGCAGAUGCAUAAGGGUACUGUUUCCAUGCCUAUAUUUCAAUCUCUGGAGGCAUUCUGGCCUGGUCUGCAGAGUCUUAUAGGAAACAUUGAGAGUGCGACAAGGACCUUCCAUAACUACUGUACAGUGUGGCGUCAGUUUGGGGGCCUUCCCGAGUUCUAUAGCAUUCCUCAGGGCUACACUGUUGACAAGAGAGAAGGAUAUCCUCUACGACCAGAGUUGAUAGAGAGUGCAAUGUACUUGUAUAAGGCCACUGGUAACCCGACGUUUCUGCAGCUAGGCCGAGAUGCAGUGGAGUCCAUAGAAAAGAUAAGCCGUGUUAAAUGCGGAUUCGCAAGUGUGAAGGAUGUAAGAGACCACAAGCUUGACAACCGGAUGGAGUCGUUUUUCUUGGCUGAAACCAUCAAGUACCUUUACCUGCUGUUUGAUCCUGACAACUUUAUUCAUAACACAGGCACAACAUUUGAGCUGGGUGGGGUACAUGGGGACUGCAUUCUGGGGGCAGGGGGUUAUAUAUUUAAUACAGAGGCACAUCCACUUGAUCCAGCUGCUCUGCAUUGCUGCAGCAAGGACCAAGAUGAGCGCUUGGAGCUCCAGGACAUCCUCCUGAGCUUAACAGAGCGCAAAAAGCCUUCCAUGGACCAAUCAGAGGAGGCUUUGGGAGACAGAAAUUCAGAAAGAAUAACAUUAAACCCUGGAGAAAGAAGAAAAACGUUGCGGCUCUCGUGCCCAGUGCAAAGUUUCAGUUCUCGAUUUGCAGUCAUGGGUCAAGUCUUUUCUGACAGCACAUGAGCAGAAAUUGUUCAGAGAUUAAGAUGUAGAAUAUUAGAUAUUUUAUAUGCUCACGAAACACAUGAAAUUUUCCCACCUUAUAUGGAAAACUGAAAUAUGUGCGGCAGCCUGGGAAAACCCGUCGGAUAUCAGUGAGGCUGAAUAAAAUAAAUCAUUCAACUGCAGAUGUACAAUAAAAGAAUAAAAUAAUUAUUGGUAACACUAUGGUAAGGGUACAUGAAUUAUCAUGAAUUCAUGCAUCAACUAAUGCAUGACUUGGGUAUUACUUCAUGAAUCAUCAGGAAUUAACAUGAGUUCAAAGUCUUUCAUUCAUGAUCUAAUGCAUGAACAAUAAGUUAAAGCAUUAACUAAGGUGAGUACGUCAUGAAUUAUGCUUAUUAAGCACGAACAUAAUGUAUUUGUUUAAAAAAUGUGGCCUUUACUAUUCAUUGUGGGCAAAACUACUGUUAUUGUACAGGAAUUAUAAUGAAUUCAUGUUUGAAAAUUGACCGUAGGUGUGAAUGCGAGUGUGAAUGGUUGUCUGUGUCUAUGUGUCAGCCCUGUGAUGACCUGGCGACUUGUCCAGGGUGUACCCCGCCUUUCGCCCGUAGUCAGCUGGGAUAGGCUCCAGCUUGCCUGCGACCCUGUAGAACAGGAUAAAGCGGCUAGAGAUAAUGGAUGGAUGGCUAGUCAAGAAUCCACAUUCUCAUGCAUUCUUACAUUUAUUGACCUACAAUAUAUCAGCUAAUGUGAGAACUAAUGUUUUUCAAAUUAUCAUGAUCUCUGAGGUAUUAUGUAUGUUCAUGUUUUCUUCAAAGUAGCCUGCAGGUAAAUGGACAGACCCCAAAAUUUGCCAGUCACAGCACAUGGCACAUGAAUUCUGUUGAUGUCCAAAUACACUACUCAUUAACUAAGCAUUUGCUUCUCAUGACCUUCAUGUUUGUGGCCCCUCAACCAAAGUGGUCCUUCUUUAACUCUGAUGAACGAUGUGUUAUUAAUGAUUACAUAAUUGUGAAAUGACAUGACUAUGAACAUGAAAGCUCAAAAUUUUAUACACCAUGCACUGUGGCCGAAAAGGGUAAUUUAUCUUUGCUUCAUUCUGAAACAUUAUUAAGCAUUUAAAUCAACAGCAAUGUCUGCGAAGAGUGGACAUGCAUGUUUAGUCGAAAGUCCUUCCCGCACCAUAUGGCACAUAGGACGGCGCCGAUCUCCAUUUCUGUAGCCCUCGGCCUCACGCCUAUUACAUAGCUAGGGUUACAGUGGGGGGGUUAGUCCUCUGGUAACCGCAAAAGUUUGACUCCCCACUUGCAUCUGUAUUGCAGCGUGCCUUGCCAGAUGGCAGUAGGUACCAUUUUUAAGAUGGUCUUUGGUAUGACCCGACUGCAAGUAGAUCUCCCGAUCGAGAGGCGGACACACUAGCCACUAGGCCAACUCGUGUUUAUUUAUGUUUAGUGCAUGUACUUUAACACAUGAACUUUCAGUUCCUGUAUAUUUGAAAUAACUUCUCAAACUUGGGGAAGUCAUGGCCUAAUGGUCAGAAAAGCAGCUUUGGGACUGAAAGGUUGCCGGUUUGAUUCCGUGGACCAUCAGAAAUGGCUGAAGUGCCCUUGAUCAAGGCACCUAACCCCAGGCUGCUCCGAGUAUGUUGUACGUUGCUCUGCUAAAUGCCUGUAAUGUAAACUUUAAAAAGUUACCAUUAAUGUCUAUAAUGGUGUUAAAAGUGAACAAAAAAGGUGUCACAAACAAUGUGAUCUCUUCUUUUAAGGUAAAAAUAAAAAAUACUGCUGC